AUGAUUGUAACUCAAAGCUUAAACCACUCUUUUAUUUAUCAAUUAUCACUCCUUCCCGACUUCAAAAACCACGCGCAGUCUAAUCUUUUUACAACCUCAACACCAAACUCCCAUCUCAAGUUACCCUUCUCUCGUGAGGGUAAUUACGAUGAAGCCACUUCCCAAUCUCUUCAUGUCUGCCCUGGUUGUGGGGUUUGUAUGCAAAAUUCCAACCCAAAACACCCUGGUUAUUUCAUUAAACCAUCUGAGAAGGACCUGAAUUAUAAAAUGUACACCCAUCUUGAACCUGUUGCAGCAGAGCCCGAAUGUACACCCAUCCAAUGCUCAUUGUCACCGACAAGAUUCGAGCAUUGGAUUAGGCAAAGAGCUAGAGAGGGUGGUAUUGUUAAGAUUACUAGUUUGCAUAUGGUGAGCGCGCUCAGAGAUUGGGGACUUAAGAAUCUUGUGGAUGAUAUUGUUGGUUUGGCUGGAUCUAGAAGGAGUGUGUGGACUGUCGGCGCACAGAAUGCAGGAAAGAGUACAUUAAUUAAUUCUAUAGGAAAGCAUGUUGGAGGGAAGAUUACACAUCUGACAGAAGCACCUGUUCCGGGUACCACACUCAGCAUUGUCAGAGUCGAGGGUGCUCUUCCAAGUCAGGCAAAAUUGUUUGAUACGCCCGGCCUUCUCCAUCCUUACCAGAUUACGACAAGGUUGUUGUGGGAAGAACAAAAGCUUGUUUACAUGACCAAGGAGUUGAAACCUAGGACAUAUAGAGUUAAGGCUGGUCAUUUGAUUCACAUAGCUGGUCUUAUGAGAUUAGAUGUAGAAGAAACGUCUCUGGAUACUAUCUAUGUUACGGUAUGGGCAUCUCCUUAUCUUCUUCUGCAUAUGGGUAAAGUAGAAAAUGCAACUAAAAUGUUCCAAGAACAUUUUGGACACCAGUUACAGCCACCUAUUGAAGAGAGACGAGUCGAAGAAUUGGGGAAUUGGGUGAGAAGGGAAUUUCAUGUUGGUGGAAACAGUUGGGACUCGAGUUCUGUAGACAUUGCUGCUGCUGGCCUUGGUUGGUUUGCCAUUGGACUUGAAGGAGAAGCUGUGUUGGGUGUUUGGACUUAUGAAGGAGUUGAUGUUGUUCAUCGAAAUUCUUUGAUACCCUAUAGAUCAAAUACUUUUGAAGUUACAGGAUUUACCGUAUCGAAGAUUGUCUCACAGUCUGACCGAGCUUCAAAUAAGCCACGUCAACAAAAUGACAAGAAGACAAAGUGGAUUGAAUCAAAACCACUAUCCAGUACAACACCAUUCUCAGCAUUUUUCAAAGCAUCAUCUAGGUCACCAACUGGAAAAAAAUCAUUCAGAAUCUGGAUGAAGAUUGGACAGGGCACUAAGCGUGAACAUUGUGUGCACAAGGCUAAAAAGAAGAAUAGCAGCACGGUGAAUGAAGUGGAUUGA